AUAAAAUUAGAAAAUGGAAAUUUUGAUUGACAAGAUAAUGAACGAUGCUGAUGUUAAGAGUAAAUACUCUCAAACAAGUGCAUCAAGUGUCACAAGCAGUGAAGACACUAGUAUGCUUGAUCUUUUUGAUCAAAUCUCUUCCAGAAAAGCUAACUUUUUGGAGGUGAUUCUUGGCUUGGAAAAAUAUCAUACUGGAGGAGAUCCAGAACAAAGGACAAAGGCUAUCAAUGUUAUAACAGGGGUCAUUCAUGAAGUACCAAAUCUUGGGUUAGAUUCUAAAGCAAUAGCAGGUCUAGUAGAAUUCUUCGGCAAGAAAUUCAAAGAUGAAAACUGCAUCUUGCCUUCUCUCAAAGGUAUGCAUGCUCUGCUAAAAUUUCAUCCACAAGUGGUAAAACAAAGUCAAAGGGAUGGGGAAGGUUGCUUAAGAAUAGUUAUCGAUUCUCUAUCCCCAGGAUGCAUUCAUAUACCUUCUUAUAAGCAAAAGGUAAGAUCAGAGGCUCUGAGAUUAUUGGAAACAUUACUCAAUAAAUACAAAGACUUCUUCAAAUUACAGGAAGAGGAUAUGAAUGAGAUAGAUCUGGAUGAUUCUGACCCUUUCAGAAUCCCCUAUGUGGAUCUAAUCUCCUGUGUGGUCUCAGCAACUCAAAAUGAAAAGGAUCCACGAAAUUUACUGGUUUCUUUUGAACUGCCAAGAAUCCUUUUAUUUUUACUUGGCAAAGAUGAACACUCGUUUAAAACUCUAGAACCAUUUUGUAACGAUAUAUUUGAGAAUAUCUCAUCUUAUUAUCCUAUUGAAUUUGAGCCACCGAAAUAAUGACAGAUUUAAGAUUACUUCUAAAGAGCUGAAGGAUAGACUAAAUUAUUUCUUUGCUACGUCACCUUUUAUGGCUUCAAAAGCGAUUCCCUUUAUACUCGAAAAACUCGCUUCUCCCCAAUCCUUCACUAAAGCUGAGAGUUUGAAGACACUCCAGCUAAUGAUCAAUGAGCUGCCGACCCAAGUUAUUAGGCAUUACUGUGAAAUGAUAUGGACUAAUUUAAAAAGUGAAGGAUUUAAUUCUUUUGAUGUAACUGUCCAAAAUGAAUCAAUCAAUGCCAUCUCGCUCCUCUGUUACUCUCUCAUAAUUUCUAAGGAUAGAUUCGAAACCCUUGAGUUUGAUUCUAUAACAGAGCGUCUGGUGGAAGCUGUCCUUCUCAAGUGCGAGGAGGAAUUGGCGCAAGAUCCAGAUACUCUUACAGGAAUUAUGGCAUCCAACCUGUUAUGAGAAAUUAUGCGGAAAUAAUUCAUCCCUAGUGUUAGUAAUCGUACAAAGAUUCAUUUUUAAUUUCAGUAUUGAUCAUAUCAACUUAGUACCUUUAAGUAAUGAAACCCAAAACCAAGUAAUCAAUAUUUCAAAAGAAGAGAUGUCCUUUGCUUCUAGGCUUGAGCUAGUAUUCAACAUCCUCAAUACUCUGUAUCCAUUGCAAAUUUCUAACAAGCAGCAAAUUGUUGAUUUUAUUUUGCAAUAUAAAGACUCAAUGAUACAAGCUCUCUCCAAAGGUUUGGAGAGCAGCUUCUUACCGAACAAGCUCAAAGGAACUAAGCUGUUCAGGAUCCUAUGUUCCAAUCAGUUCUUCACUGAAGAAGAGAUGAAAGGAGUCCUCUCAUUUAUCCGACUCGAAUACAGAAAACAGAGAGGAAAUAUAGAUUUUAUCAGAGAUUUCCUACUUGAAAUUCUCGAAAUUAGUAAGAAGUUCCCAUACCAAGUGCACGAAGUUUUCCACGAUGAUAUUCAGCUCCAAUAUAAUGACUUCUCAUCACUGAAGACAGAGACUAGCACUGAGCAUGACCUGUACGCCGCUCAAAGUUCUUUGGGAAAUUCAGUGGAGUUGUUCUUCACUGAGAUCGAAAUCUUUUGUAGAACAAAGGAAUCCUUAGGGGACAUUCUAUUCAUGUGAGCUAAUGAGUUCUACACAAAUUUAUAUGUUGACAACGGAUGGCAAAGACAAUGGACUAGGGAAUAUCUAGAUGCAGCCUGAAGAAUGGUUGAUGAUCAUAAGCUAGGGCAAGAAGAAACUGACGAAAUUGUUGAAAACAUGAUCGAAAAAGUGUUCCUUGAGUGUGUGAACGUCUUUGAAGCAUCUGAAGAUCCAGUAUUCAUGUCAAAAGAUUAUGCUGAACCUUUCUAUCAUCUUUUGAGACAGAGUUGUAGGACUUUAAGUUAUGAAAAAGCUGAAAUUUUGCUUGGUAGAAUCAUUGAAGUCUUCACCAAAUUUGCUCCUCAAUUUGAAUCUAGAGUUAAAUGUUAUGAUAAAGUUUGAAACAGAAAGUCUUACUACUGUCUAAACAUGAGUAUUUUCAAGAUCCUAAAAUAUUUGUUAAAAUAUAAAGAGAUAUCUAUAUGGAACGAUGAAACAUUUAUCAACGUAUUUUCGUUCCUAAGUAUGCUUUCUCUAAAUUCUGUGAAUACACCAGCCUUAAAUAACCUGAAGAAGGAGUCGAAUAAAUGUCUUUCCAUACUAAUCAAUAAGUGCACUCAACAUAUUCAAGAGAUGGAUGACCUUGUUGACAAUAUCAUCACUACGACUUUAGAAUUAAUCCAAUCGGGAAAAGAAGAGUUGAACACAAUAGAGGAUAGUACGAUUGGUCAAACAUUCUCAGUCAUUAAAGGGCUUGCUAUUAAAGGCUCCCCAACUAGCUAUAAGGUUGUCCAGCAGAUUAUCAAAGCUCUCAAAGGAAGCACUGGAGCAGCCCUUGACUCUGUUGCUAAAUAUUGGAAUAUUCUUCUUUCUCCUCACGAUUUUACCAAAAUGAACAAAUUUAAUAUUUCUCCAUUUUACAAACAAAGAUUGUUCUCGAUCGCAUUUCCAGCCUUGAUGGAGAACUAUAGAGAGAUUUAUCAGCUAGUAUCAUCAGGAGAAGGAGACCGUAGCAUGCUGGGCUUUAUUAGCAAGCUGAUCGUCCCUAUAUGCUCAGAAUCAGCAUAUGAGCUCUACAAGGAUCAUAUGGAGGAGCUCCUUCCUUUGAUACUCCAUGCUCUUGGCCUUAAGGAUCAAGUUAUCAAGAAAAUUUGACUAAAAAUGAUCCAGAAAUUGCUUGAGAACCAAAAUAUCAACGGCCUCAACAUGAAAGAGCUAACCAAAAGUCUGGUGCUAGCAUUGGGAAAGAGGUUAAAAAUGCCAACUAAAAAUUCUAUACUAAUUUGCCUAGAUCUGGCUUUGACAGCCGGUGACGACAGGGUGCUCGACUACAGGAAGCAAGUAAUAUCUCAAGUUAGGAACCUUCUUGAUGAUAGAAAAAGAAGCACAAGAAGACUCGCAGUAAAAUGUGUAAAUGACUGGUCUCUAGUAUAAUCCAUAAUAAUUCCUCUCAAUG